AUGAUUGCGCCGGGAGUGGCCAUCCCUGUCUCGAGCCUGCCAGCACCUCGCACAGCUGUGCAGAACACGAGAUGCAGCGCGGGCCAGAGUGGAGCUGCAUACGGAAUUGCGAUGGGAGCACUAUCUCUGCCCGCCCUGAAGCUUAUCUCCAGGCAGCGCCGCAACACUCUCCAUAGUCGGAUCCAUGUCAGCCGACAGGCGCAGAAGACGGAGGCUCCGGAAGUUGACGACAAAGAUGAGGCCACCGACGAGACGGAGGAACUGCAGGCGUCGGAGGAGCAGGAGGAGCAGGUACCAGAGGAGUCGAUCCAGAAGGUCAAGCCACGGCAGCGCCGGAUGCCUUUUGAUCCUACGGCGGAGCCUGGCGCCAUGGCUCCUUUGGGCUACUUCGAUCCCCUGGGAUUCUGCCCUUCAGGCGAUGAAGGGAAGUUCAAGCAACUACGAGCGGCGGAGUUGAAGCAUGGGCGCGUUGCCAUGUUGGCCAGUGUGGGCUUGGUGGCCCAAUGCUACAUCAGACUCCCUUUCCUCGGUCUCAAAGAGUCCCCUGCCGGCUACAAGGCUGCAUUGCUGGUGCCUUCCUUGUGGAUGUUCGGUUUGGUUGUCAUUGCCUCAAUGCUGGUGGAGUGGCUGUUCUGGAAGGAGGACCCUUGGAAGGAGCCAGGUAACUUCGGAGAUCCGCUUGGCUUGGGCAUGUACGAUCGAGACAUGCGAAACAAGGAGCUUAACAACGGUCGCUUCGCGAUGUUCGCAACUUCCGGUAUACUUGCGGCAGAGCUCCUUACUGGCAAGACAGCCGACGAGCAGCUCGCAAGCCUGAUCUGA